UUUGUCAUUUAAUUAUUAUUUUUUAUUAAAAAUGGAACCCGGCAGUCAACGGCUUUUUCAACCCGGAAAGACUUGUGUUGCUAACUCGAUAUGUCCACGUCUAAUUGAUUAUAUUGUAAUUGUUGGAUCACGCCCUUCUACAUCUUCCAAACGUCGCCGUAUUCCAACUCAAAACGGCGUUGCUUCAGCCGAGGGCGGUUUAUUCAACAACGCACCUCCAGGGGGAUUAAUUAGCCAUCCAGAAUUAUUGAGAAGGUAUCCAAAUGAAAAUCAUAGAGAUUUUGAAUUACCCAGAGAUGUUGUUUAUUUUUGUCAGCCAGAGGGUGCUGUGUCUUACACAGGAUCUGGUUUUCAUCAAUUAAGAAAAAGAAAUUUAUUUAACGAGGCAACUUCUUUUGUUUUUAUGUUAACUGAAAAAGAUACUGCCAAGGUGCGCUAUGGAGUAACUUUGAGCUUCUUUCUUAGCCUUGGUAAUAAUGAUAAUAUUUAUUUUUAUUCUUUCCGGAAAGAUAUUUAA